ACUUCCAGCGCUCUCCUCCCCUCCUGUAAACUCGCCAACCUGCAACAAGUUUGACAGCAGUUUUCAUUCUCUGCGUGGCAACACAACACAACCGUCCCUGGAAAUAUUUUUUUAAAAAUCAUUUUAUUAUGAUUAUUAUUGUUUCUUUUACUCCAUAUGAGCGCGUUUUGCUUCUACUGUGAGCUAUGAGGACUUCGCGGCCGUAGGUUUUCUCCCCAGCACGCACCUUCUCUUUUUUUGGGAUUCUCGACUGAGGGUGGACAUCUUCCAACGUCCUUUUUUUCUCCCCCCACUCUCCAUCUUUGUCCUAAGGGAUUUUAAAAAUGUCGAGGAGCGCGGAGGAGGUGAACAAGCUUACCGAAAGUACAUACAAGAAUGUAAUGGACCAGUUCAACCCAGGUCUGAGAAACCUGGUCAACCUGGGGAAGAACUACGAGAAAUCUGUAGCAGCAAUGACCUUGGCAGGAAGACUAUAUUUUGAUGCCAUGUCUAAAAUUGGGGAGAGCGCAGUGGUGUCUCCCGUAUCCAGAGACUUAGGAGUGGUGCUGAUGGGAAUCUCAGAAGUCCACCGGAAAGUGUUUUUUGAGUGGGAGGACAAUUUUAAGAGGUUCCACAGGGAGAUUAUAACAGAGCUGGAAAGGAAGACUGACAUGGAUGUGAAAUACAUGACGGCCACGUUUAAAAGGUACCAGAUGGAACACAAGAUGAAGCAGGACUCUUUGGAGAAAUCCCAGGCUGACCUGAAGAAACUGAGAAGGAAAAGCCAGGGCAAGAACGCCAACAAGUAUGAGAACAAAGAGAGCGAGUGCUUGGAGACGCUAACCAACCGGCAAAUGGACAUGCAGCUUUUCAUCGCCGACGGCUGCAAAGAAGCUCUGCUGGAGGAGAAGCGCCGCUUCUGCUUUCUUGUUGACAAACACUGCAUGUUCUCCUAUCAGAUCGCGUCAUUCCACGACAAGGCAAGAGACAUCCUGACGGCGAAGCUGAGCAGCUGGCAGGACCAGUGCAACGACGCCACCGACAUGCCCGAAAGUGUCGUCACCAUGAUCGAGGGUCUGCGCACGCCCGUCUCUAUCACGCCGUUGCCCUCGCCAACACCAUCGCGGCACAGCUUGAAUAUCUCAGCUCCACCCGCUCCGUCUCAGAAGGCUCACGUCAGCCCACUCGUGAGCAUGUUUACCCCGGACAACAAAACUCCCAGCGGGACCAGAACGAGCAACAACAACACAGACCACGAUAGCAACGGGGAGAACAAUCUGGCCCGGUCGGUGUCAGUGGCCACGGGCCUCAAUCACGUAGUAAAAAGGCCUCGGGUUCGCACCAUCUUCCCCCACGCGGCUGGCAACAACAACACCUUGCUCAGCUUCGACGAGGGAGAUGUCAUCAUUCUGCUUAUACCCGAGGAGAAAGAUGGAUGGAUGUACGGCGAAAUGGAGAAGAACGGAAAGAGGGGCUGGUUCCCUUCGUCAUACUGCCGCGCGUUCUCGGAACCGCUCGUGAACAACAACAGCGUGUCGGCGGCGCCGUACCGCAGCCGCAGCGUGGUCAACCUGCACCACCAAGACACGGAAACGGAUGAGGCCACCAUGAUCCUCCCACCGGAGGACUAUGCUGACAACCGCGCCGCCGCCAAGACGUCCGCCAGCACCUUCGCCACCGCCAACCACCACCGGCGGCACUCGCCCACACCGUCCGCCGUCUCAACUUCGUCCUCCGAAUACCACACGACAAACCAGCCUAACGGCAUCUCCAGACCGACACCUGCCUACCUGGCGGGAGGUAACCCGUUUUCUACCGUGCGAUUACGUCCCACCGUCACCAACGACCGUUCGGCCCCGGUCAUCUGAUUUCAGACAUGCUUGGGAGAAUUUUAGGAGCAUUUAUAGGACUCAUAAUGUUCCUGUAUUUUAAAUAGAAAGUUUUGUAGUGGCUAUAUUAGGAAAUCGCCACUUCCCGACCAUACUGGAUGUAUGUAUGCUCAAGUUGUCCUACUAGUGUGCACAAAUGACUUGGUAGAAAGGAGACAAUUGUUCUACCCGUGCACUGAAUCACUUGUGAGGACAAAAGAGAAAACUAGUAAAUAAACCUUAAACUGAAUGUUAAGGAAGUUGAAUAAAUGCUCCAAUGACUUUCUGUACAAAA